ACUUCGUUGAGGUAUCUUGCUGGUCGACUGUUCGCUGUUUGCCAUUUUCCACGGAGAGUUCUGACUCUGUGAAUCAGCAAUCCACUGUCAUCAUGAGUAUGGGAGGUCGUGAGCCUGGUAAGCUGUUUGUUGGUGGGCUGAACUUCAGCACCACUGAAUCCUCUUUGGGUGAGACCUUCAGCCAGUUUGGGUCGAUCUCAGAAUGCAAGAUCAUCACUGAUCGCGAGACAGGGAGAUCUCGGGGUUUUGGCUUCAUCACGUUUGACAGCCCGGAUGCGGCCGCUGCCGCUCGCUCUGCCAUGCACGAGCAGGAACUGGAUGGUCGCACGAUACGUGUGGACUAUGCCAACAAGCGUGAGUACGGCUUUGGCGGCCGCCGCUGAGGGGAAGAAGCAGAUAGAGGGGCGUGGCACUGUUGCUAGGUAACACCACACAGGUGGUCAACCAUUGGCCUGGAUACCUCCGUUCUUUGAUAUCACAGCGUAGGGAACACGUCUUCCAAACCAGUGGAACAAACAACGCCGGUAUCCGGUCUUCAGGUUCCCGUUCCUCCAACUAUAACCCAUUGGAGUCUUGUAACAGUUCGUUCUCUUUUGUUACUGUUGAAAAAACAUGAUGUUCUAACUCUCAAUGACUGUAAAGAUCAGUUCACGUAACUAUGGCUGCUUUUAAAAGAAAGGCACUGUAAGCAAAAGAGCAGCUUGUUCUUUUCUCUUCAUGUCAGAAAAUGCUGACAAAAAUGAUAAAAACGUUGAUUCUCUUUCAGUUUUAUCCAUGUAACUAAGGUACAUCUGGGAGACAUUUCCCUUCUUUACAUUUUAGGAUUGAGCAUUUUUCGUUUCUUUUAUUACGAUUGAGUAGCCAAGAUUGAAAGUUUAAGUUAAUAUUUUUUUAGAUAUUUUUUUAUUUCAGAAAAGAAAAUUAUUUCUCUCGCAACAAUCUACAAAAUAAUCAUAAGAGAUUGAAUCUCCAUAUCACUUUAAAGACUGAAGUAUUUAAAAAAAUUGUUUUUCCAUUUUGUUAUGUAUUAUCAGUGAGCUGGUUAGGUGUCAUUUUGACACCAAGAAUUCAGUUUUUUUUUAAGAUUCUCAUCAUCAUGAUGGAAGUAUGGUAAAUGUGAUGAAGGAAGGUUUUUCUGGAAGUAAUUGUUGCAUGUAGCAAUUAUAUUUGACAAGUUUAAGAGAAACUGAAUGCUCAAUGUAAGAUGCCAUCAGUGUGUUCCAGUUUAUAUUGUGAGCAAGUUCUCAGCACUUUGAAUACCAGGCUUUCUUAGCUUAUAUGGCAAUGUGAUAUCUUUCAUUUUUUAGUGUGCAAUCAUGCAAAUUCUUCCAGUGAAGUACUACACUUAAAUAUUAAGACAAAUCAUAGAUUUUCAUUUUUGCACUUAAGUGUAUUGGCAAAGUUCAUUGGUAUGCUUGUGUUAAAUUGAAAAAGCUGAUACCUUUAAAUGAGAUUUUAGAGGUGACAAAUGCCGAAUGCUCAUUGGUCACCAGUUAUGAUUUAAUUAUGGGUAAAGAAAUCAACUUGAUUGACACAAUCUUGGGACUGAGGACCAAAUGUGUGGACAUUCCCUAAGUUGCAUUCCAUCAUGAGAUCAAGGCAGACAAUUUAUGUGCCAUUAAUUAUGUAAAAGUAACUUUCUUGAUAUAAAAUCUACCUUUGCUAUCCUUGGAUGUAGUAAUGUUGAGAGUCUUGGAGAGUGAGGUGUAACGUAUUACCUGAUGAGAGUUUAUAGUUUCCUAACUUUGCCUGGCUACUUGUAUUUUGUAAACUGGUUUGCUGUUAAAGAUGUACAAAGUCAUGUCUGAAUAAAACGAGAUGAACAACACAA